CACCUGUGACCGGGGGAAGAGCGGUGAGUGUGAGCCAGUAUCACCGAGUAUCAGUCACCGAGAGCGGCUGUGAGCUGUGUGUUUGUCCGUACGGCGGUUCAAAGUCCACAUGCAAGCGGAUAUUUACUGAGGUUUCAACAUUUUACGUGAUCAAGGGAGUGUUUUUACAAGAUUCUGAACCAGAUUUGGCGAGGAUUUGAGGAGACAAAAGCACAGAAGUUACUUAAACGACAGUAAUACAGACUCUUCUUACUCACCUCUACAGACUCCAAGCCUGCAGGUGUACAUGAGAGCUCCCAUGGGUGCCGCAGACCUUGCUUGACUGUCUGGGUUUAGGUGCAGUUUUGUUGAUCAGUGUCCCGUCUUCUCCUCACCCACCCUGUCUUCAGAGAUGUCCCCCGCUCUGCCCCUCUGUCUACGCCUGCUCCUGCUCUGCUCUUGGGCGGGGGUGGUACUUGGCUACCCCUUCAGAACACCCGUGGAGCUGGAUGUGACUCCACGCAUCACUGUGCCCGUCCAAGGUCUCCAUGGCAGCCGGCGUUUCCUCUCGUCGGCGGUGAACCACAGCGUCCUGUUGCUGGAGCCCGAGAGCGAGCGCCUGUAUGUGGGGGCUCGCGGGGCCGUGUUCGCCCUCAACGCCUCCGACAUCUCAUCCCCCUUUCUCCAGAUUGAGUGGGAAGCAUCUCCUGAGCAGAAGCAGCAGUGUCUGACCAAAGGAAAGGAUAACAAGACCGAGUGCUUUAAUCACAUCCGAUUACUUCAGAGAUUCAACUCGACCCACCUGUACAUGUGUGGGACUCACGCCUUCAGACCUCUCUGUGCAUUCAUAGAUGAGAAGAGCUUUGAGAUGUCUCCUGCUGAAGACGGACGAGACAAGUGUCCAUACGGUCCCACCACUGGAUACACGGGCCUGAUUAUAGACCAACAGAUCUACACAGCCUCCCAGUACGAGUUCCGGAGUUUUCCAGAUAUCCGCCGCAACUCUCCGUCUCCCACGCUGAGGACGGAGGACGCGCCCACACGCUGGCUCACCGAGGCAGACUUCGUGGGCUCGGCGUUGGUGAGAGAAAGCAUCAACAGCCCCACCGGAGACGAUGAUAAGAUCUACUUUUUCUUCACGGAGAGCGCGGAGGAGAACAGCGCGGCCUACAGCGGCGGGAGUAGUCGGGUCGCACGGGUCGCACGGGUCUGCAAGGGCGACAGGGGAGGGCAUCUGACUCUACAGAAGCGCUGGACCUCCUUCCUCAAAGCACGCCUGGUCUGCUCCCUGCCAGAGUUCAACUUCCACUUUAACAUGCUGCGCAGCGUCUUCAUCCUGCCAGAUCCUACACCUAAAAACACACUGUUCUUUGGCAUCUUCGGGCUGGAGUGGAAGAACGUCAAAGCGUCUGCAGUCUGUAGCUUCUCCCUGUCCGAGGUGGAGAAGGCUUUCCUAGGGCCCUAUAUGGAAACGCAGGAUUCAGGCUCCAACUGGAAGGAAUACAGUGGGAAGAUACCUGACCCCCGACCUGGAACGUGCAUCACAGACUCUCUGAGGGCCCGGGGCAUAAACAUGUCCACCUCACUCCCAGAUGAUGUGCUGUACUUUGUGAGGAGGCACCCCCUGAUGUCUGUGCAGGUCCAGCCCACAGACCGGCGCCCCCUGCUGUUCAGGAGAACCACCGACUACACACAGUUAGCAGUGCAUGUGACCCAGGCUGCGGACGAACAGGAGUAUCACGUCUUAUACUUAGGCACAGAUGACGGCUGGUUGCACAAGGCUGUCCAAGUCCAGGGUCAGCUGCACAUAAUAGAGGAGCUGCAGCUGCUGGAGGAGCCAGAGCCUGUCAGCAGUGUCCUCAUCUCCACAGAGCAGAUGAGUGUGUAUGUGAGCUUUCCGUCAGGUGUGCUCCAGCUGCCCCUGUCCACCUGCCAUCGCUACACGUCCUGCUACGACUGCGUGUUCUCCAGAGACCCCCACUGCGCCUGGGACGGGGACAGCUGUGUGGACAUCCUGCAUGUGGAUAACAGAUCUGCUUUAAUCCAGGACAUCCAACAUGGCAGCCGAGGAUGUGAAAACUAUCAUCAAGUGGUGAUGGAGAAGAGUCGAUCGGUGCGUGUCGGCGAUGAUGUCCUCCUCCAGUGUGAGCUCACCUCUAACCUGGCGUCGCCCACGUGGACCCAGGAUGGACGUGACCUGACGGGCUACGGCCUCAGCUCGGGGGUCCGCACGGGCAACGACGGCCUGCUCAUCAUCGACGCCAAAUCCGACCAAAGCGGGCGCUACACCUGCUACAGCGUGGAGAAUGACAUACGUGUGCCCAUCAUAUCCUACAACAUCACAGUUGAAGUGGACACGCCUACUGUGAAAAAUAUCGAACUAACCGAGGAUUUAAGCAUAUACACGUUACCAUCACCUGAGGAGCCGAUUGCAACGGAGCAACCUCUAAUUCCACCCCCUGCACCACGCCUGACCACCACACUCCUCGAUCCGCAAAACAUGGAAGCUUUGUACCUGACGCUAAUCACCAUUCUGGGCGGUCUGUGCGUCGUGCUAACCGUGGUGCUUCUUUAUGUCGGAUUCUGUCUACGCGUCGGCAACAGGGGAAAGUACUCAUUGCGCGCCGCUGCUGCCGCGUAUCCUAGCAACAAAAGAGUAAACAAAAACAGGAAGCACCGAAACUCCGCUACCAUGGAGCUGAAAACGAUCUCGUCGCAUUGUAACGGCUACGCCAACGGCAGCGCGAAGCAUCACAACGGAGAUAUUCAAAACGGCGGGUUUCUUCAGAUCGUGCCGGGAGAAGGGCACACAACGUUCAACAGGGAUUCACCGCCGCCGGCCCCGCCCCUCCCGCCAACGCCCAAUCACACGUCUCCUGAUUGUGACUUCCCUAACGGGCUUUCGGCGACACUGCCUAGCAUGCUACGACGGAUAAACGGAAAUAGCUACGUGCUGCUAAGACAGACUGAUUCUGCCAACACGUCACCAAAUGGAUAUUCAUUCACAGAUGAGCUGAAUAAGAUUUUAGAAAAGAGGAAACACACGCAGAUACUACCCAGGCCGGACGAGAGCUCUGUGUAGUGCCGCCUGGUGGUGGGAGGACUACAUUUUUAAAAGUCUGGUGCUUAAGUGCCUGUUAUUUUAGGUUUAUCAUUGCAAAGGACUAAUGCAAUGAGUUGAAUUUUGAGGUACAUUUACAAAAACAGACAUUCCUGCUUCCAAUUCCACACAAAAAAAUAAAAAUCGGAUACUAAUAAUUCUACCUCAUCGCAAUCCAGCCCAGAGGAACACAACGUCAUUAUGCAGUUUUAAAAUCACAAGCACAAACGGGACUAAACGUGAAGACCACUUUGACGACACAGGAGUACAGUGCAUAAUGGGAGCGCUACAGGGACUCCAUAUUUGGGCGUGAUGAGGGAACCGAAGGGCAGCUAGCCAAAGUUUGUUUGCACUGACAACUACACAGAUGGCCUAUGCAUUUUUAAAGAGUGUCAUUCAGUCUUUAUAAAUAUUUAGUGAACCGAGACCCGAGGAGGACUUUGGUUUGCGGUGUUUUUAAUUGAACCAAGAGACUAAAAGUACACACCAGCGACUUUUAAAAUGGUGAACUAAUCAUUAUUUAAAGGUGCACUGUGUAACUUUUUGGUUGGGGUCCGACACCUGCUUGUUUCGUCAUCGCUCUGCCUGGAAUGUUCCACAGUAUGGAAUGAAACAGCUUUACCUUAUAACUAUUAAAUUACAGGUGGUUUUAUAGCGCAAAAAUACCUAGAAAACAGGCAUUCUCACUGUGAGUGGGGUCGCCUCUCCACAGAUCUGACCCGUAACGUGGUCUGGUUUGGUUUAUAUGAAUAUAGAAAAGGUUAAUACCAAAGGGUGAAAUAUUCCAGGCAAAGAAAUAACAUCUUCAUAGAGAAAAACAUUUGACGAGGCCCUCCACGAGAAAAGUUACACAAUGCACCUUUAAUAAGUUUGAAGUGUGGCUAUAACUAUGUGAAUAUGAAUUUAAAAUUAAUAUAUAACUGGCUAUUUUUGUUAAUAUAAAUAGUUAUUAAUAUUAUUGUUAUUUCUGUUAAGUAUUAAAUGCUUUGAAUAGCGAUUAUUUCACCAUUUUUAACUCAAAUUAACAGCUCAUGGGUAUGUCAGUAUUAGUUUUGAAAAGACGCACUUUAAUGGUAUUGAUGAAGGACUUUUUUAAAUGAGAUUCAAUGAUACAUAAUGUUUUUUGUGGACAAAGAGGAGCAGCUGGAUGUGGGACUCGGACUAUGGACUACAGAGAUCCACCACAAGAGAAGAGAAGAGAAGAGAGAGGGGGAGAGGAGCACGCCAUAAAACAGAAAAGGGCUGAUGUCCACUUCUCGCCACAGACCAAGAACCAGACACCUUUUUAAUGAUCCACCCCCACAAACCACAACGCAAACACUGGGUUCAAAGUCCUGGCCUGAUCCCCCACCCCGGCUCUAUCGCCUCCACUUUAGGAAACCAGCUUGUACCACCAAAUUCUACCCAAAUUCUGCACAAAUGUCUGUUUUUGUUCUUGCUGCAUGAAUCCCGCUCACUGCUGUUUUCAAAAAAGAAAAGUGCCAAGGUUUUUUGCGUCUCUGCUUCGUGAGCCAGUCUAUGAGAAUGAAAUAUCAAACUGUAUUUAUUGUGGGGUUUGUGCGUCGUGUGUCGGAGGUUGUUGUUGAUUUUGGUGUUAAAAGUGCCACUUGUGAGACUCAGGCCCCCCUCAGACCUGGUAAAAAUGUGAGGAAUUAUUGACAUGGUAACUGAUAAAUGUUCAAAAUUAUAUAAAGCUGAUCUUUUUUGUCAGUGAUGUUCAAUAAUCCAAAAUACUGGAUUCAUUUAACAUCUUUCCAUGGAUUUAUUUUUUCAUUAACAGGGAGAGACUAUUUUUUAAUCUAAGAACUGAGAGUGCGCAAUUACCUAAAAACUGCUUUAAUACGGAUUUGGACAUUUAAUGCCACAGUAUGUAGCUUUAUAAGCAAAAAAAAGUCUUUGUUUUGUUUUGUGUUUAUUGUACUGAGAAUCAUGCACCCUGACAAACCUGACUCUUAUUUAGCCUGGAGGAGGACCUUCUCCUGCCAUGGAAAUGUUGUUCCUCUGGCUAUAAUAUUCCACAGUACACCAUAAAACUUAUUUAUCUCCA